AUGACGGACGGCGCUGUUGACAAGCUCGCUGACGAUGUGCAGGAGCUCCAUUUGGACCUAUCGACGCUUUCUCCGCUAAGCCCUGAGGUCAUUCAGAACCAGGCGACCAUCAAUAUCGGUACGAUUGGACACGUCGCACACGGCAAGUCGACUGUCGUCAAAGCCAUCUCGGGUGUACAGACUGUGCGUUUCAAGAACGAGCUUGUGCGGAAUAUUACGAUCAAGCUGGGUUACGCGAACGCCAAGAUCUACCGGUGUGAGAAUGAAAACUGCCCUCGCCCACAGUGCUACCACAGCUAUCCCUCGAACAAGGAGCCACACCCACCGUGUCCCGUGCCGGGCUGCACUGGCAAGAUGAACCUGCUGCGCCAUGUCUCGUUCGUCGAUUGCCCAGGUCACGAUAUUCUCAUGGCUACCAUGUUGAACGGUGCAGCGGUCAUGGAUGCUGCCCUCCUCCUGAUCGCCGGUAACGAGCCGUGCCCCCAGCCGCAGACGUCGGAGCACCUCGCCGCCGUCGAGAUCAUGAAACUGCAGCACAUUAUCAUCUUGCAGAACAAGGUCGACUUGAUUCGCGAGCAGGCCGCCGAAGAACACUGGAAGAGCAUUGUCAGCUUCGUCAAAGGCACCGUCGCCGACGGUGCGCCCAUUGUGCCGAUCUCAGCACAGCUGCAAUAUAACAUCGACGCCGUGAACGAGUACAUCGUGAAGCGCGUGCCGGUGCCUGUACGUGACUUUUCCGCCACGCCGCGCCUCAUUGUGAUUCGGUCGUUUGAUGUGAAUAAGCCCGGUGCCGAGAUCGAUGAGCUCCGCGGCGGUGUGGCCGGUGGCUCUAUCCUGUCGGGCGUGCUGCGCCUCGGCCAAGAAAUUGAAGUGCGCCCUGGUAUCGUCACCAAGGACGCCGAGGGCAAGAUCAACUGCCGCCCCAUCUACUCACGCAUUGUAUCCCUGCUGGCCGAGCAGAACGAGCUCAAGUUCGCCGUGCCUGGCGGCCUCAUUGGUGUCGGUACCAAGAUCGACCCAACGCUGUGCCGUGCUGACCGUCUCGUCGGCCAGGUGCUCGGCAACGUGGGCAAGCUGCCCGCGAUUUACACCGAGCUCGAAAUCAACUACUUUUUGCUUCGUCGCCUGCUGGGUGUCAAGUCAGACGACAAGAAGCAGACCAAGGUCGAGAAACUCACACGGAACGAAGUGCUUAUGGUCAACAUUGGCUCCACGUCCACAGGUGGCCGUGUCAUGAGCGUCAAGGCCGACCUGGCCAAGAUCUUCCUCACGUCUCCCGCAUGCACAGAAGUCGGCGAGAAGAUUGCCCUCUCACGACGUAUCGACAAGCACUGGCGUCUGGUCGGCUGGGGCAGCGUCCGUCGCGGUACGCAGCUCGAAGUCUAG